UAGCACAACGGCACCUAUCAGUUAGACAGUGUAUCCAAAGGUGAUGUCUCUUCUUCCAGAGCAGAGAGGAGAUGGAAUAGGGAGCUCUGAAUCCAUAGAGCUGCAAGUAGCUAAAACAGACCGUUAUGGAUUCCUGCUAGAUAAUGGAGAUACACACAGCUACAGUGAUGACCUUUGCCCCCGGGUUGUGAGACAUCGUGAAAUGAAAUGGAUCAGCCUCAUUAAACAUUGGGAUCAGGUGCUCGAGCGGAAGACCAGUAAGAUCAAAACGCAGUGUCAGAAAGGUAUCCCAGCAUCCCUCAGGGCUAAGUGUUGGCCAUUACUGUGUGGUGCUACACACAGGAAGGAAAAAAACAAAGAUCUCUACAAGGCUCUGGAGUUAGCUCCUGGUCAGCAGAGCUGGAUCGAUGUAAUCAAAAGAGACACAGACAGGCAGUUUCCCUUCCAUGAAAUGUUUCAGUCGAAGGAAAGCCAUGGUCAGCAGGGCCUGUUGCGGGUUCUGAAGGCGUACACAGAGUUUCAGCCAGAGGAAGGCUACUGCCAGGCUCAGGGCCCUGUUGCAGCUGUGCUGCUGAUGAACAUGCCUUUGGAGGAAGCUUUCUGGUGUUUGGUGCAGAUCAGUGAACUCUACCUCCCUGGCUACUACAGCACCCUGUUGGAGGGAGUUUUGUUUGACGCCGCCAUUCUUUCGAGUGUGUUAAAAAGGACAUGUCCAGCUGCACACAAACACAUGGAGAGUCAGGGAGUGGAGCCUCUUAUGUUUGCCACUGAUUGGUUGAUGUGCCUGUACAGCCGUCAUCUGCCUUUCAACACCUUGCUUAGAGUGUGGGACCUUUUCUUCUGCUAUGGUGUCCGUGUGCUGUUCCAGGUGGCUGUGGUUCUUGUACGCCGUUGUUUGGGAGAGGCUCGGCAACGAAAGGAGUGUGAGGGUCAGAUGGAGACUCUUGAGCAACUACGGGCUGUUCGGGGGCGUGUACAACACGAACAUGCCGACUCCUUCAUUCAAGAGGUGUGCUCAGUACCCCUGUCCUUGGACGACCUCCAGAAACAGACAGACAAAGAGUUCGAGAAAUGGAGGAAAGAGCGGCCUGGCUCAACCUUUGACCCUCGGUUUCGAUGUCAUGGAUACUACAUGGUGUGGGAAAAAGAGAGGGAACAUGAGAAGGAGCAAAAUAAGAAGGAUAAGCAGAGCGCAAACCUGAGUGUUUCGCUAACGCGCUCGCACUCGUCUCUAUCUCCCGCAGUCAUUCGCAAAAAAUGGAGGAAGAGGGGGAGUAAAGUGGAGACAGAGGAGUGGGAGGGGAGCGCAAGAAGGUUCUCCCAUGGCAUAAAGGAGGAGAGUGACGAGGGAGAGAGGAGGAGGAGGAGCGUGUGCGGAACAUCUGGGGAGCUGAGGGUAGGGGCGGGUAAGAAACCUCAGGGGCUUGGCGGCCAGUUCCAGAAAGACUGUGACACAGUCAUGCACGCGUGUGUCAUAGCCGUGGAAUCGGGCUCCAGUUCAGAACUGUCCAAUCACAACAUGCCUGUGUUUGAGGAGGAAAAGAAUGAUAUUGCUGACACUGCUGCACCACUCCAGGACGCAUCAUGCAAAGACCACGGACAAGACAAGGAGAUGGGGCUGUCUUCAAGCCUGGAAGAAGAGGUACAAACAGGACAAUGUCAACAGGAAAUGGAAAAGGAGACAGUUACUGGUCAAUCAGUAGAUAGCAUGAUGACACAUCAAGAUGAAGACAAAGAAGAAAAAGAAAUGCACAUAGAAACAGAUUAUCAGGAGUGCAUAUCAGUGCUUCAAGAUGAACACACGAAUGAGACUCAACAACUGGAGGAAUCACAAACCUCUCAGCUAGAGAAGGAAACACUUGCCACCAGCAGUAAAUGUGAAGAGGAUAUACAUGCGAACAGCAGAAAACCAGAUGAGGAAAAGGACAUUAAAAGUAGCAUACAGGAACAAGAAAAUGACAUCAAGAACAGUACACAGGAAGAGGAACUGUACAAUAGUAAAGAAGGAAAUGAAACAGGAAACAGGAGAUGUGAACAGGAAGAGGAAAUGGACAUUAACAGAACUAAACAGGAAGAGGCGAAAAAGCAGAAUACCAGUGAAUGGAAAGUGGUGGAAUUACAAAUAAAAAGCACUGAAGAGGCAGCUGAAGUCGAAGUUAUUAUUAACAUAGAGGAAGAGGCAACACAGAUGAAUAUUUGCAAGCAGGAAGAGGAAGAGAUAAACAGCAAUAAACAGAAGGAAGAAAUACAAAUGGACACCAGUAAACAGGAAGAGGAGAUAGAGAUAUAUAACAAAAAACAAGAAACACAAUCAGAUAGCAAUGAACAGGAAGAGGAACAGAAAAAGGAAACAGAAAUAAACACAACUGAGCAGGAAGUAGAAAUACAGAUCAACAGCAGUAAACAAGAAGAGAUGAAAGCACAAAGCAGUAAUAAAGAAGAAAAAAUCCAACCAAUAUGUCUCAUACAACAGCAAGACAUACCUGAAGAGAUCCAACACCAAGACUCAGAAGAGAGAGCUAGUAACCAACCAGAAGAAAAGACAUGCACAGCUCAGCAAAGCUCAGAAAUUUGUACAUCUGAAGAGCAGUACUUAUGUUUACAAUCUCCAGAGGAAGGAGAACGAGAAAAACAGUCUCUUCAAAUGGAAGAAAUGGUUGAACUCCAGAUGUGUCUAAGCAAAAAGGAGGUGGAGGGAGCACAGGAAGAGCAGGCAGGGAAGAGCGAGCUCUCAGAGGAGACAGAGAAGGAAGCCCACAUAACAGACCCACCAGAGGAGUCUAAGGGAGUGAGUGAGGCAGCAGUCAUGGUACAGGAAGAGAAGGUAGAGAGGGAGAGGGAGAAAGAGGAGAAGAAUAGCAACGAUUCCACAACAGGGGAAGAUGCAUCACAAACAGUGGCAAGGUCAUCUUCAGCCUGCACACACAUGCAAAAAGAGAGAGAAAUAGAACCUUCUGGAACACCUGAGCCUCUUCAGGACUCAGCUGACCUGCUAGAGGAAUGUUCCCCAGAAGCACAAAGAAUCUCUGAGGGUGUCACACCUGAGACUCAAACAGUAGUUUGUGACCAUGGCAAAUUUGAUAAAAAUAGUGGAUGUGGCAACCCAGAACCUCAGCAGGAAGCUGAAAGUGUUAUGCCUAGUGAGAUGCAAGUAGAAAAUACCCCUGUUUUAGUGCAGUCCACAACCCAGACAAGCCCUCCAAACCAUCCCUGCCCAGGUUCCACCUCAAACCCUCACACUCAUCUCCGCUUACGCAGGUCCUCCAGCUCCAAUACCUCCUAUCCCACAAUUCUCUCUGAGGAGACAUUUAGGGAUCCACAUGAAACUGAGCAACAACUCGCAUCUCAGCAUUCCAAUGCACAAAUUCCAAAGGCAAACUCUGCAUGCUUGUCCACAGAAGCACCCAUCCCAGAUAGCGCACAGCAAAAGCAUACAACUGAACCGGAUAUGUCGCAGGACACAUGCAAAAGCAAAACGCAUGCUCUCCCUGGUUCCGCCAUGCAGACUCCAGCAAAUAAACCCAAGCGCAAGGGGCUGUUCCACCGCUUCAAAGGUGAAGCAGCCCCCAAAUCCACGGUCCCAAAAAUCCUCAUCCAGGACUUCAGCGAGGGAGAGGAGAAACUGAGCUCUAAGGAGCGCAGGAGGAGGAGGAGGGAGCAGGAGAGGAGA